AUGUUGGUAUCUCAAUGGACACCACCUAUUACAAGUCCACUAUUAGAACCUCAUGUCUCUUAUUACCUUUCGGCUCUCUCCAUUCUCACUGCAAAUUCUUACGGAUCCAAACGCGCUUAUUUUAUCAUCCGAUUUGAAGCUGUUCUGUGUUGCUGCUUUAUUGCCAUGCCAUCGUUAGGUUCAACUUCAAAGGCAGUGGGGCAGUUGAUUACACGCAAAAAUGGUGUCAAACAGUUAAUUAGAUGUUUACAAAACAACCCUGAAGUGGAAAAUCACGUUCAAAGUCGGUGUUUUCGCAGUAGCAUUGGAAAUGUAGAAACAUUUCCAUCUUCCUGUCAAAUAGUUAGUAGUAUUCAUAAGGAUAAACAUACUCCCCUGUUACAAAAUAUGUCUUCUGGUGUUGUUAUUCAAAGAAGGGGAUUUCUUGGCUGUGGUGAUGGAGAUGAAGGAAGUAAUGUACUUUCAAAAGUUCAUGAAGAGAAACGUAUUAUGGGGUAUUCUCCAGAGCAGCUGUUUGCAGUGGUUGCUGCUGUUGACAUGUAUCAAGAUUUUCUUCCAUGGUGUAAGAGAUCUGAUAUAGUUCAACGUCAUUCAGACUCAGCUUUUGAUGCUGAAUUGGAGAUUGGUUUCAAAUUUCUUGUUGAAAGCUAUGUGUCUCAUGUGCAAUUGGUAAAGCCCAAAAUGAUAAAGACGACUUCAUCACAAAGCAGCCUUUUUGAUCAUUUAAUAAACAUAUGGGAGUUCAAUCCGGGACCCAUUCCAGGAACAUGUGACCUUCAUUUCUUUGUGGAUUUUAAGUUCCAGUCACCCUUAUACUCACAGAUGGCGUCCAUGUUUUUUAAAGAAGUGGUGUCUCGACUAGUUGCGCAUAACAGACAGUUUGUAAUCGGUUAAAAAGGUUUUUUUGGAGGUCAAUAAUGGAAAUUUGACAGUACAGGGGAAAAUUUUCUGCAUCAUCCAUGACUUUCUCGAAUUCAUUUGUUAUUUUUCAAAGCCGUUAAGGGAUUCAGGGUUGGAUUUGAAGUUUGAAGUUGUCUUCUAGUUUGUCCUCAAAAGCUGUAGCUGUAAUCUAUUUUGGUCAUUUUGGCCUUUCAGCAUAUAUAGAAACUUAUUGCACCCUCCUACCUUUUAGAUCAUAAUCGUAUCACAAGUUACCAAAAUACAAUGUAAUGGUUAUCAAUGAUAUAAAAUAGCUCUG